GCCGCCGAGUAGAGUACCGCUUCUAACAAGGGUCCUUGUCUGAACUCCAUGCGCCGUAAGGACCAGGAGAUGUCACAGGCUCCCGUGACCUGCUUCUGAUGUGUGGGAGGACACACGCCUGGAAGAGGAUGACGGCGGGUUAGAGGAGAGUUUCCCAGGUGAUCGCAGAUGCGAGGAGGAUGAGGGAGGACAUAGCGGGGCGGCUCGCCGCCAUCCUGCUGCCUGUCACCUGGGUGCUCGUUAAGGCAGCGGGGUCAGAAGGGGCCGCACCUCCGCCUGAUGUCCAUGUCAUAUUCAGCAAUGCGUUGGUUAUAGUUAACAUUUCAUCCCCGGAGAUUAUGUUUCACGUCAUUCUCCGAAAAAAUGGUUCCAUCGAGGAGACAUCUCAGGAAACCAAUGUGCGCAAUUAUAUAAUUCCACCCAACGAGCUUUUUCCUGAGCAAACGUAUUGCGUGAAGGUUGGCGUAUAUGAUAAUCCGAUAUUCAGCCGGGAAAAAUGUUUCACAGCGCCCUCUAAAGCACCGCCGAAUAAUCUGAGGAUGGAGGCGCUAGACUUGAGGUACCUGCUGAAGUGGGACUGGGACUUUGAUCAGUCUCCGAAUGUCACAUUCUCUGUGGACAGGUGUCAGAAUCUCGCUGGAAGAGAUCGCUGUGCGAAAAUAAAGGGAUGUGAAAAUAUAACCGCCACUCAGUGUCACACAGCGUUGUCUUUCAAAGGGAUCCAUAUCCUCCGCGCCUCUGUGUAUGACGGCCGAAGAGAAGAAAAAAGCUCCAGCGUCAUACAGUUCAAGCCACACGAUGACACUGUUGUCGGGCCACCAAAAGACUUGAUGAUGCGUAUUGUCAAUAAUGAAUUGUUCGUUAAUGUGAGUGCCCCCGAAGGGUUCAGAAAUACAGAUAUAGAUGGCAUCUGUGGCUGGCUGACUCACCUGGAAUACUGGACCAAUUCUACGCACAGUUCGGAGGUAACGGUUAAAGAAGAGAAGCGGCCAUUUUUCAAGAUUGAGUCUCUGAAAGAUUCAACCACUUACUGCGCCAAAGCAAAGAUGAAGUGCAAAGACAGUGACAGGAGCAGCCUGUACAGCCAGGUUGACUGCAUCACAACAGAUCCCAGGUCCUAUAUGGUUGAAUGGAUAAUCGGAUUCACCAUUUUUGGAGUAGUCCUUCUUUCUGUCCUUCUCUACAUCUGCUUCUGCCCCUUAAAGCGUUACAUCAAGCAUACAUUCUUCCCUUCCAGCAGACUGCCAUCAUGCAUCGAGCAGGGUUUUGGCGAGUCGUCCGUGGAUUCUACCAAGCGUGCGUUUUUACUGCCUGAAGAAGAGACCACAGACCGCUGCUCCAUUGUCCGGAACUCCCAUACUGAAGAUUUGGUGCAGAUUCAUUCUAAAAGCUCCCCUCAAGCCAGCAGCCAGGAUUCUGGAAACUAUUCAGAUGAGGGUCAAAGCACAGGGGAGGCCGGAACGUGCGCCCAGUGAUCCUUGUGUAUUGGGGACGGUAUAGCUGUGGUCGGAGACUGGUGGUUCUCCUCCUACAGGCGAUGAUGGAGGAGGUUCAUAGAAGGGACAGUUUCCCUCCCCCUAAGGGCCGACAGUCCAGAUCCGGUGGAGAAGGGAGUGCUGCUCAGCUUCCCACCACCCAGUUGCACAGCCCCCUCUUUCCAUGGGCAGCGACUUGAAUACAAACAUGCCUUGGCAUGGGGGGGGCGCAGUCUUUUUGAUAUUUUUCUUUGGUGCUUCAAUAGGGGCUUCCAGACCAUUUUAUACACAGAUCACCAUCUUGCAAGAUGUCCGUCAAGUACCCAGGCACAGCACGGCAAAUGGCGACAGAUCAGUCCUAUCGAUAUUGUGCUGGUCAGGGUCUGAAUCUCUGACGUCAUCGGUAUUGAACAGUCGGACAACCCCUUUAACGUGGCCCCGGGCCAUAUAUAGGGUCUCUCCACUUAGGGUGGUUAGGUUAGGUUCAGAAUUCUGUGCUGUCGAAAUACUGUACUGUACAUUGUGGCACAGAACAUGUAAUACCGCUCUGCUCUGUAGAGAGGCGCUAGUAGGCAACUGACGCACUCGUGCAGGUGUUGCAGAAUGUCCGUGCUGUUCGGCUAGAUCUUCCAUCCAACCACACGUGUUGCAGAUUGGUGUUGGCUUAAACCUUGUUCCAUCUCAGACAUUGCUGGCGUGUCACUAUCAUAUGGCAUCAGUGUCAGAUAGGUGCGGGUCCCAACUCCGGGACCGGCACCUAUCACCAGAAUGGGACCCCCGAAAUGAUCGGAGAACAGCUCUGUGGGACUUCAGAAAAUAGCCGUCAGCUGGCUUAGCUAUUUCCUGCAGUCCCAUAGAAGUGAAUGGAGCUGUGGCCACGCAGGCAUGGUGCACUCUCCAUUGAUUUCUAUGGGACUUUUCUGAAAAUAGCCGAGCACGCUCAUUCUGCUUUUUUUGGAACUCCGAUAGAAAUGAAUGGAGAGCACAGUGCGCAUAUGAGUUGCACUCUACUUUCUGGGUUCCCUUCUGGAGAUAGGUGCAGGUCCCACCUCUAAGAUCCGUGCCUAUCUGACUUUGAUGGCUUAUCCUAGCGACAUGCCUGCAAGGUCUCAGAUAACACAAUCCCUUUAACCUAAAGCCAUUGUAACUGCAGUCACUACUAGUGGGAGCGUAGGAGCUACCGCAUCCCGUAUAUUAUUGGGGUCUAUGUAUGUACAGUAUGCAUUGAGCUCCCUCCAGUGGCGGUUGUAGGUAACAGCAUGUUCUCUUUUAAAUAUAUGUCUAUGCAGUUCUAACUAAAAAAACAAAGGGUUCUCCAAUCCUAUGAAGGCAUAUUACUGAGCACAGAAUUAAAAAACAAAACAAAAACUAAAAAUAGUGUUUAAGGACGGGCAUUCCCUUUAAAUAGUGAAUCUCUGUACUACACUGUUUGGUGUACAUUUUAAGACUCUUUAUAAGAGUGUUUUUUAUGCAUUUUCCUUUACUGAUAUCACAUGCUUUUAAUACGCUAAAGAGUUACACAGGCCGGGGGUCUGACCCCGACCACCACAUGCCUAAAAUGAAGGAGGCAAAGUGCUCUCUGUAAAGUGCCAUGGCCCCUUCAGCUUUUUGCUGCACUUUAAUUGCUAUUGUUCACAGAGCACUAGAUCGGGGGUUGAUAUACCAUACUUGUUAAUGGUUGGAGACCCCUUUUUCUUACCCAUCUCAUUGGGGGACACAGGCCUUGACCAUGGGUAUAGCUGUUGCCGCUAGGAGGCGGACACUAAGCACACAAAGUGUAAGCUCCUCCCUCUUCAGCUAUACCCUUCCUGCAGGGACCAAGCUCAUCAGUUUAAGCUUAGUGUCUGUAGGAGGCAGACCUUCCUGCGUUGCAGGUCUGCUGAUUUACUAACUUUGUCUCUCUUUUUUCUAGCGGGAAGCUUCAGGCAGUCCGGGUAAAAACUGCCUGCACUCCCACCCAGGAGACGGGAGACCAGGGGGUCACCCAAACCCCCUGCUCGUUACCGCUCUCUAGAAGAAAAGGAGGAUCAGAGGUCCCUGUAAAAAACCUCUGUCUCCCGCCAGCAAGCGCAUCACCACGGCCUCUCCAGUGAAAGUCCCCUCCGUUUCUGGUGUAGCGUCCCUCACCAAGUGGCCGCACACCGAAGGUGGUGAUUCGGCUGGAGUUAGGGGGGCAAAAGAUGUCGGACAGGUGAGUAGGAGCAGUGCUCCCCUCCACCCUCCCUCCAGUAACCCCCUCAGUACCCCGGCCAGUAUUCUGUCCUCCCCACGUGUGGACUUGGGCAGCAAUCUCCUUUAAGGGUUAACAUACUUGGGACACUGCUGCAGCAAGGGGGUGGCUGCUUUCUUUGUACACGGCGUGCGUCUGCUGCGGCUUCCCGGGCUAACAGCGUUCUCUGGAGUUCACCGGAAGAGGUAGUGGCGGGGUUUACUCCCCUGAGCGCCGCUUCCGGGUCGGCGCAUCGGUUCUGGGGCAGCCGGGGCCGUUGUUAAUGGAGCCCUGGCUUCUGUGCAGCCUAUUUAUGCAGGGUCCCCCCAUGGCUUAUUGUCCCUGGCCAAUAUCUGAGACAGCUCGGGGAUGCCGGGGGGGGGGGGGGGAUAAACGGGCAUUGGAGCCGACAGCGCAGGGCUUCUGUCCGCCCCGCCCCCACGUCAGUGGCAGAGCAGUGGGAGAGUGGACUCCUCCCACUUCUGGGUUUUUAAAGCUCCUGGCGGGAAAUGAGGGUCUGACUGGCUUUUGGAGGGACACAAGCUGGGUAAGUGUUGUUUGUCCCUUCUUGCAGGGCCUAACCUUCCCAUUUGCCUGGGGUGACAGGGGUGUCAUUAUGUCUGAACCCAGGCCCCAGGUCCCGAAGCAGGCAGUCCCUUUGGUGCUUCAUUUUGCCUGCUCAAAAUUUCCAUUCCCUCAGUCAGACUCCCUCUGCUUUGCAUGUGCUGCGCCGCUGCCCAACUUAUGGAAGAACCGGAAUGGGCGCGUUCCCCGGGUGGUGCAGGAUGUCUCCAAUACCAACAAAGCUAUUGUGGAUAUAUUGGGGCGUUUGUCGGCAGAAGACGGGAGACCAGGGGGUUGCCCAAACUCCCUGCUCGUUCCCGCUCUCCGGAAGAAAAUGAGGACCAGAGGUUCCCAUAAAAACCUCUGUAUUCCUCCAGCAAUCGCAUCACCACUGCCGCCCCAGCGAAAGUCCCCUCUGUUCCGGUGUAGCGUCCCUCACCAAGGGGCCGCACACCAAAGGUGGUGAUCCGGCUGGAGCCAAGGGGGCAGAAGACUUUGGGGCAGUCCUCUGACCGGUCCGACUCUGGGGCUCAUGCCCAUCGCGACCGCCCCACAAAAUGGACCAGAACUUCUUCCCUUAAAAGGGGUUCUGUGUGUCCUCGGCCUCUCCUCCUGCUAGAGAGUCUCACUCCGACAUGUGCUCAGCUGAAAAAGCAUGUUCUGAGGAGAGACGGUCAGAUGAGGAUGUUGUCUCACCGGAGGGUCAGUCGCCCAAACUAUCCUCCAUGGUGGACAAUUUAAUUACGGCACUUAUUGAGACGUUGCAGAUUGAGGAUCCAGGUCCGUCAUCUGCCUGCGCGGGUGUUUCCUUUAGGAAGUCCCGUCAUUCGCACAAGUGUUUCCCCAGCCACCAGGAGUUUGAUUCCUUUCUCUCCAAGGAGUGGAAUUUCCAUGAUAAGCAUUUCAUGUUUCCAAACGCUUGAACAUCCUUUUCCAGAGGAUUUGACUAAGAAAUGGUCAGCUCCACCUAUAGUGGACACGUCAGUUUCCCGCUUGGCUAAACAUACUACCUUGCCAAUGGCGGAUGGGGCUUCUCUUUCUGAUAUCAAAAAUAAGAAGCUGGAAGCGUUUGCAAAAUCUUCAUUUGAAGCAGUAGGCACCGCGCUGCAGCCGGUGUUUGCCUCUACAUGGGGGCUAUGGGAGAGUGGGCAAUUAAUUUACGUCAGAGUCUCGACUCGGGAGUCCCCUCGGGGGAACUUGCUGAUGUGGCCCUGCAGCUCUCGCAUGCCAGUGCAUAUAUUUGUGAAGCAUCUUUGGACGCGGCCAGGUUUAUGGCUCGCUCGUCAGCCCUGUUGGUGGCUAUUCGCCGUACCCUAUGGCUCUCCUGCUGGGUGGCGGAUAUUGCUUCAAAAGGGGACCCUGACGGCCCUCCCCUUUACCGGCAGCAGAAUUUUUGGUAAGCACCUGGAUGAGAUAAUUUCAGACGCUACAGAUCGUAAGAGCACUUAUUUACCACAGAACCGGGAGCGGUCUAAUAAGUCAAAAAAGCGGAAGCCUUUUUUUCGUCCCUUUCGGAGUUUUUCCGGCCCCAAGGUAGCGUCCGAUAAGUCGGCCGCAGGCCAGAAGCGCAAGCCUUCCUUUAAGCCGCGGCCUUCCUGGCAUUUCUGUCAACAGGGCUCCAAGUCCUUUAACCCUAAGAGUUCUGCUGCAUGACGGGCGGCUCCCAGCGCCCUCCGUUAGGGUGGGCGGCCGGCUUCAUGUUUUUCGGUCUGUUUGGCUGGCUCACGUCUACAUGGGUCAGGGAGAUCAUUGCAGAGGGCUACAAGCUGGACUUCAAGUCCUCCCCUCCGUCCCUUUUUUUCAGUCGUCUCCCCCGCAGCCGCAGAUUCUUUUUUUCUGGCAAUUCACACGCUGCUGCAGCAAGGUGUGAUUGUCCUGUUUCCUGCACAAGACCGUUUUCAGGGGUUUUACUCCAAUCUCUUUGUGGUUCCCAAAAAGGGGAUGGUCCGUCCCGUUCUGGACCUCUAGGCGUGUAGCCGCUUCCUUCGCAUCCGCAGAUUUCGGAUGGAGUCACUGAGGUCGGUCAUUGCGUCCAUGGAACCGGGGGAAGUACCUGUCCUCGAUAGACAUCAAGGACGCUUAUCUUAACGUGCCCAUAUGUGUCAGUCAUCAGAGGUUUAUCCGGUUCGCAGUAGGUCCAUUUUAGGCCAAGGUGUU